AUGUACGCACGUUCGCGAGCGCUGCGCGCCGUCCAAGGAGCUGCCGCGCGGCACACAGAUGGCCUGAUCACUCGAACACCACCGACCCCUCGAUGCGUCAAAUGUCCUGCCCCUGCAACGUCAUUCCACACGAGCUCGCAAUUCCGGCAAGGCGAGGCCACCGGCAGUGUCCCGAAAACGGCUACGUCUGCCUCGAGCCCGCCCCUCGUGCCCGCAUCGUUGAAGCGACGCAAAGCGGCCGCUCGACAGUCAGCUGCUGCCGUUGUCUGCCGUGUUUCUGCGGCGGACGCAGCCCUGCUGACGAUCGAAGGCCCGGAUCUACCUCCGACCGAGGUGCCUGCUGGCUGGCUGCGCGACCGAUGCCCACAAAGCACAAGCCCCUCGUCCGGCAACAAGAAUUUUGCCACCGGCGAGAUUCCCGUCGACAUCGCGAUCGAGUCCGUCCGACAGGACAGCGAGGGCCACUGGGAAAUCACAUGGCGCAACAAUAUCCCCCGCUUUGUUGCCGAUGGCAUCAACACCUCCGUCUUCACAUCAGGGCAGCUCCGGGGGGCUCUACAGACCGAGUUCGCGUCGCGGCAUCUGGCCGUGCUGCAGCACCACGCUGUCCCAACGGCGAGCACAUGGAACCGCAGGACGCUGUACCCGCGCGAGGUCUCGUACGCAGACUGGAUGGCCGGCGAGGGCCACUUUGCAGCCGCCGUCACCGAGCUCGCCGAGUCUGGUCUCGUCUUCAUCACGGGCGUGCCCAAGGACCACGACUCGGUCAAGACGAUGGCCCUGCAAUUCGGGGGCCUGAAGGAGACCUUCUACGGCAACACGUGGGACGUCGUGUCGAAGCCGCGCGCCGAGAACGUCGCCUACACGAGCGAAUACCUCGGCCUGCACUCCGACAUGCUCUACCUCCACUCGCCGCCCAAGCUGCAGUUCCUCCACUGCCUCGAGAACAACGCCGUCGGCGGCGAGUCGCUCUUCAGCGACGCCAUGCGCACGGCGGCCGAGAUGAUGGUCCACACGCCCGACCUGGCCGCGGCCCUCGCGGAGACCGACCUGGGCUGGCACUACGACAACGGCGGCUUCUUCUACGAGCAGGCGCGGCCCGUCUUCCAGGGCAUGGGCCCGCUCGACGCCGGGACCCGCGAGGCGCUCGCCGGCGCGGCGUCGGCGCGGGACACCGCCGACGCCGCCCCGCGCCUGUACCGCGCGCUGCCCACCGACGUCUGGUGGUCGCCGCCCUUCCAGACGCCGCUGCGCGCGCCGACGACGCCCGCGGCGCGGACGCGCUUCGCCGCCUGGCACGCCGCCGCCUCGACCUUCCAGCACAUGCUCGAGGAGGACGGCAACAUGAUCCGCCGCCGGCUGCGGGAGGGCGACUGCGUCGUCUUCGACAACCGUCGCGUCCUGCACGGCCGAACGGCGUUCGAUCCCUCGUCGGGCGGCCGGCACCUGCGGGGCGCGUACGUCGGGAUCGACGAGUGGAGGAGCACGAUCAAGCGCGUGGAGCGGAACUACGCCGUGCCUGAGUUCCUGGAGGCCAGGAAGCAAGCUAUUCGGGCCUGGUCGGAGAGCCAAUAG